GCCGGCUCGCUCCGCCUCGCACCUGCGCAGAGUGCGGACCCAGAGGGGGCGUCCUCGGCCCGGUUCCUCGGCGCCCCGGUGCCCGCGGGAACGCCGCCGCCCGAGGUGGGCAGCGGGGAUCCGGAGCCUCGCGUGAGGACGGAGAGAAGAGCGAGGCUCACCCUCGGCCAUGCCUGUGGCUGAAUGAAUGAGGUUCGGGCGGCCUUCCAGGCCUGGCAUCCAGCAGAGGUCCACAGUCGUGGGCCAGGCGCAGCCUCGUAAUCCUGCUGGCCAGCCCCUAACUGCUGCAGCUCCAAGCAAACUCUUGUCCACGGGGCCGGACUUGUCGGUUUGUCCAGUCGUGAAUCCGGUCAGAGACCAGCUAAAGGGUGGGAGAGAAUGAGGUGGACCUCUGACUUCCUGGUAGAAAUGAAGAGGAGGUAGCUCCUCAAACCUGCAACUCUAUUCCUUACGCAUCAGGUCUCUGCAUCAGGGCUCUCGUUAGGCCUCCUGCAGUGCCUUCUGCAGAUUGAUGCAAGGUAAGCAUGGAGUGGACAGAGUUGGAUUUCAUCAAGAUUAGUGGCUUUGCAAGAUGAUGAUUCAUGGUGAUGGCUUGCAGGGUCAUAAAUAAAAGAAGGCACAUGGGACUUCAACAACUUUCAUCAUUUGCAGGAACAGGAAGAACUUUCCUAGGCCCAGUAAAAUCAUCCAAAUUUAUUAUAGAUGAAGAGUGUCAUGAAAGUGUGUUAAUCAGUUCAACCAUAAGACUUCUUGAAAGUUUGGAUUUAACCAGCGCAGUGGGACAACUUCUCAAUGAAGCAGUUCAAGCACAAAAUAACACAUAUAAAACUGGAACCAGUACUCUUUUGUUUCUUGUUGGUGCAUGGAGCAGUGCUGCUGAAGAAUGUCUUCAUUUAGGUGUCCCCAUUUCAGUAAUAGUGUCUGUAAUGUCAGAAGGCUUGAACUCUUGCAUUAAAGAAGUAGUUUCCCUCCAAGUACCUAUCUACAAUGUCUUUGACCAUUUAGAUAGCACAAAGACAUUUUCUGGACUUGAAACAUUUAAUAUCAGUUUGUGCCCUUUUCUACAAAUCCCUUCAGAUACUGGUUUACAGAAAGAGCAUGAUCUCAAUGAUGUUGCCUCUCCAUCAUUGACCACUUACAGUCUUUCUGGGAUACCUGUUAAAUCACCUAAACUCUUUAGACGUCAGACUGAAGUUGAAGCAGAUAAAAACACGUUACAAAAUCCUCAAACUCUGAAGAACAGUCUGCUCGCAGGCAGCCAUUACAGAAAGUCAAUACUAAUCCACAGUAGGCAUUUUAAUAGGACAGCCAAUAAUCAAUGGAUAAACAAACCAGAUGGAUUUCUAGAACAACAUGGUGCAGCUACUCCCAAUACUUACAGAUGUAAUGAUUUGGUAGAGUUGGAGAUGGGUUUGAGUCAUGGAGAUCACAACAGCAUGAAAUUAGUAGAUGAAGCAGUACGGCUGCAAUAUCAGAAUGCAAGUAUUCAGCAAGGUAACUGUACAAUGCCAUUUAGGUUUGACAUUUCAAGAAUCUUCACUUGCUGUCUACCAGGUGUACCUGAAACUUUUUCUUGUGUCUGUCCAGGAUUUAUCACUGUUGUAUCAAUUUCUAAUACUACUCUGAUCAAGGAAUUAGAGAAUCAGCUGGUCCGGGUUAUUCUCAUUGAGGGUGAUCUCACAGAGAAUUAUCGCCACCUGGGAUUUAAUAAGGCCACAAAUAUUAAUACGCUAUUAGAAAGCAUGAAGAUUCAACAAAACAGCUCAGAAGAAGUGUGGACAAACUAUGUAUUACAGGUCUUAAUUAAAUUCAAUGUGAACCUUGUGCUGGUACAAGGAAAUGUGUCUGAACACUUAAUUGAGAGGUGCAUACACAGUAAGCGGUUGGUAAUUGGGUCAGUGAAUAGCACUGUGAUGCAGGCUUUUGCAGAAGCUUCAGGAGCAGUACAGGUGACCUAUAUUACACAAGUAAAUGAAAACUGUGUGGGCAAUGGGGUCUAUGUGGCCUUUUGGAGAAGUAUUCCUUCGGAUGUCAUAGAUAGGAUCAACGUAAUCACAAUUGUGAUAAAAACAGAAGGAAUUAAUUUGGUUACAGUAGUGCUCACCAGCCCAGUCACUGCACAGAUGCAAACCAAAGAAGAUAGGUUCUGGACUUGUGCCUAUCGUCUGUAUCAUGCUCUAAGAGAGCAAAAGGUCUUCCUUGGAGGUGGUGCAGUUGAGUUUUUGUGUCUUAGCCAUCUUCAAAUUCUUGCAGGGCAAUCCCUGAGUAAAAGAAACCAUGUCUGUUCAGGAUGGCUUCAUAAUACUUCCUCUUGGCUGGCCUCAUCUCUGGCACUAUACAGACCAACUGUGCUUAACUGCCUAGCAAAUGGAUGGCACAGAUACCUUUCAACUCUCAUGUAUAACACUGCCAGUUGCUCAUCAGAAUUUGAAGCCAGCACAUUCAUUCAGCAACAUCUACAAAAUGCCAGAGACUCUGGCUCUCCUUCAUCUUACAUCUUGAAUGAAUAUAGUAAACUAAAUAGUGGAAUUUUUAAUUCAAGCAUUUCAAAUAAACUGGAACAGAUUCCAAGCAUUUAUGACAUUAUUAUACCGAAGAUUGAGGCAUGGCGCCGAGCUUUGGAUUUAGUACUGUUAGUACUUCAGACAGACAGUGAAAUUAUUACUGGACUUGGACAUACACAGUUAAAUUCACAUGAAACAGAGGGUUUUUUAUUUUUGUAGUGUUAUUGGCUAAGUCUUCGGAAAAUGUAUUUUGUAAUAUAUCAUGCUAUUAUAAUUUUCCUAGUAGCCAAGCCAUAGUGCCUAAAAUGCCAGCCAAUACCAAGAAGAAAAUUAUUGAUGUCUGUCAAUAACUACAGGGCCUGAGAUUUCAAUACCCGAUUUACAAGCUCACAGGUUAGCUCACAGGUUACAUUGCUACAGAAUACAUGAGACACUUGGAUCAGAGACAAAGCACUUUUAUUAUUUACAGUGAAAGUGUUAGCCAGAGCUUCCUGUUGGUUUGUAUCAGUUCCCAUUUCUCUGAGCCCCAUAAAAGCAACAUAAAAGGCCAGUGAUGAAAGCCUGAACAUGCAGUGGGUUGUGUUACAGAAGAGGAACACUGACCUUGGGACAUUAACUGCUUUUAUAGUGACCAGAAACAAUCCUGUUUUUUGUCCAAGGGCAGCUGUUAACUCAUACCUCAGGGUUGCUCAGUGUUAACACAAGCCUGAGACAUGGACUGGGUAAAGAUAGAUCAGGUCCUUGCAUUCAUGGCAUACCCAGAAAGUAUGCAAUGUGUGAUUCAGAGCCCAUAAUGGAUAGCCUCUUCCAGCUAGCUACUCACUUUUUAAUCUGACAUGCUCUUGGUCAAACUUGAAUUUUCAUGAAGAAUGCCACUCUAUUGGCCAGUCUGAUUAACCUGGCAAACAAGUUGUUUAGUCAAUACCAAAUCUAUUUGAUUGAUUUCAUAUAGCAGUUAGUUAAGGCUACUAUCAAUAGACGCUGAACUGCAGGACGAAACCAGUCUAGUAAUGACCUCGAGUCACGUCCCCGAGGGUCUUGAAUUUAGUCAAUUUUAAAUUCCAAAGAAGGAGGAUCUUUUUAUUAGCCUGAAGUAUUGUAAGACCAAUGUAUCAUACAUUAUGACUCACACAAGGGAGCUUUGAGUUGCUGAUGUUUGGUGUCAAUGACAAAAUUAUAGGAGGCAGUAGAUGGGCAAAAAAAAAAAAAAAAAAAAAAUCCCCCCUCCCUAAUGAAGAGAUCUAUAGCUCGUUUUCCCCACAUACCAGCAUAUAACCCCAAUGGGGUGAGGUCACUCUACUUCAGAAUUUAUUGUGAAACCUGAUUUGAAUCACCAUUAUAUGGAUGAGCCCGGGUGGCUCAGCAGUUUAGCAUUGCCUUCUGCCCAGGGUGUGAUCCUGGAGACCCGGUUCGAGUCCCACAUCAUGGUCCCUACAUGGAACCUGCUUCUCCCUCUGCCUGUCUCUACUUCUCUCUCUCUCUCUCUCUCUCUCUCAUGAACAAAUAAAUAAAAUCAUUAAAAGAUUUUAAAUCUUUUUAAAGAUUCUUUUAAAAAAAGGAAUCACCAUUACAUAGAUUUGAUAGGUGGUGUCACCCAGUAGUUGUGGCCUCAGUUGCUAUACAUGGCAAAAUCCAGGGCUACUCAAACAUUAAGGAAAACGUAAGAUCAGUCAGAUUAAAACAAGGUUGUCCUGGUUUCUGAGUUUGUACAUUUUCACAUCUAGUCUAGCAGCUGCCCUUGAUGGUAUUAUGAACUACCUCCAGUACUGAUAAGAGUUUUAAUUAGGAGAAAACAUUUGUUUGACUCCCAGAGAGAUUAAGUGCUAUGACUGUCCAAAUGAUACUGAGAAACUACUUUUGGGUUUAGCAGCCACGUCUGCUGGUGGAAGUUAAUAAUGGCCACAGUCAGAACCAUUGAGACAAGUUUCUAACUUUACCAGAACAUCAUCUAUAUAGUGAUCAUUAGGGAUAUCAGAGCAUAGAGGCACUCACACUGAAUCCCAACCUAUCAAUAGGUUAGAAUUGGUUAGGGCACAGUAGUAGAUGGAGGAAAUCUGUCUCAUUCCUCUAUCUGCAGCAAUAUCUUGAUGGGAAAAUCUCUAGAACUUUAUAGGCAUUUACAAUAUAAGCAUAUAACACCUCAGUACCAGUUACGUAUUUUCAUAACAAUUUGUGCUAAUCUUAACCAGUUGACUUCAGUCACUUUUUCCCCAUAUGGGAAUAUAGACCAAGAAGUUUAACAUUGACACAUUAGGAGCUCUAACAUUGCCAAGGAAUUAUGCUAUCUCCCUGGCUGGUUGCUUAGGAAGGAGCAAGGGGUCUUUUUUUUUUUUUUUUUUUUUUUUCUUUUCUGGCCUUGUCUUAAGUGCUGGUACCAACUUCUUUAGGUGUGCACUUCCUAGUAUCUGAGAACACCCAGACUCUGGAGAUUUUUCUUACCUUUCAUGUAACACCACCUCUUCAGUGUCCUGUAGCCCUUGGCACUUUUGACAAACCUAUGCCCAAUACCAGUUUCCCCUAUGGGACUGGGUAGAAUGGUGAUUUGAGCUAUAUCUAACAGCUGUAAAAGUUUGAGUCACUUUGUUCUCCCAAGUUGUCCCAUCACAUUUGGCUUUUCCUUAAAGCAGCUGAGGUCAGCUAUCAAGAAGUGUGGAGGGAGAGAAUGGGCCCAUGCUAGUAAGGAACACUUUGCAUAUACUUUUGGUUUGGAUGAGCUGCCCAUCUUAUGCUCAACAACCUUGUGAUUUUGGUCUACUUGAAGUUUUAUUUCCUUAUUGCUGGUAGAUUUGUUUCAGCUUUGAGGACCCCCUUGACAGCUCAAAGACAAACUUCUUGACUAGAGCCCUGGAUAUGCUGCCUUGUUAUCAGAUUAACAUCUGCUCUUCCCACCCUGAAAUGAGUGAGCAACAACAAUACACCAUUUGGGUGGCUUGUUUUAAUCCUCCUCACUGUUAAGCCUCCAAACAUAAAUUAACAGGUAGGACAGUGGGGGACUCAUUCCCCUUCCUCUUUCCCACUAGUUAAAUGAGACAUUUACUGUUGGGUCCCAGGGAGUUUUAACCCAGCCCAUUGAGGCCCUCAUCUUUUUCAGAAACCAUGGCUCUCAGCCAAAACAAUCAAGAACUGCAGGGUCUGAGAUUUUUCCCUGUUUACAAGCUAACAGUUAAAAAAAAAAAUUUUUUUUUUAAUCACACCGGUCUGCUAGUCUUUAUUAUGUCUUUGUCAGGCUGUUCUGAGUAGCUUUUUAUUUAUGCUUUUUUUUUUUUAAUAAGCUGUAUGCCCCACAUAGGGCUUGAACUCAUGACCCUGAGAUCAAGAGUCACACACUCUACUAACCGAGCCAGCCAGGUUCCCCCUUUAACAGUUAAAAUUUAAUAGGAUACUGGCAAAAAACAGAAUCCUGGAUCAUAAAUGACUUUAUAGUGGCCAGAGCUUCACAUGGGUUUGUGUUGGUCAUCAGUCCUUUCAAGUCUCACAGGGGUGACAUAAAGAGCCCAUGAUGAAUGCCUGCAUACACAAUAGGUUGUAUUACAGGAGAGGAAUGCCUAACUUGGGCAAAUAACAACUAUUGCAUUAAGCAGAAGUAAUCCUGUUCUUGGUCUGGAGUGAGAUAUUAUGUCAUAAUUCAAAGGUUACUCACUGGAAACACAUCCAUGAGAAAUGGCCUGGCAAAGGAGAGCUCAAAUCCAGCAAGAACAAGCAGGGAUGCUGAGAGCCCAUAGUAUUCUGUGUAUCCCAACAAAGUCUUGCUCUUUUGCUACUAGCCAUAAAUUGAACAUUGUGAGAACUGAAUUUUGUGUGGAGUUGAAUAUUAGAAAAGCUCUGGGGAAAUAAUAACAGUAGUAAUUAAGUUACUGAUUACCUACCAUGUUCUGAGCACUGUUCUAAAUUCUUUAAUUUGCUAGGGUUGCCAUAACAAAAUAUCACAUAUUAGGGGGCUUAAACAACAGAAAUUUAUUUUCUCACAAUUCUGGGGGCUAGAAAUCUGAGAUCAAGGUGUUGUCAGAGUCAGUUUCUUCUGAGGCCUCUUUCCUUCACAGACAUCCUUCAUGCUGUAGAUGGAUGUCUUCUCCCUGUGUCUCACAAUGUCUUCCCCUCUGUAUCUGAGUCCUGAUUUCCUCUUGUAAGAACACUAAGUCCUAAUGGAUCAGGGCCCUCCCUAAUGACCUCAUUUUAACUUAAUUACCUCUUUAAAGAGCCUCUCUCCAAUACAGUCACUUCUGAGGUAUCACUUCUGAGGUAACAUGAAUUAGGGGAGGGGACACAAUUCAGCCCAUAACCCAUAUAUUAUCUCAAUCUUUGGAACAUUCAUUUUCUCCAUUGUAUGAUGAAGAAGUGAGUUUAGUAAGGUUAAGAAACUUGCCCAAAGACUUACAGCUAGUAGGUAGUAGAGCUGGAGUUUACACUAAGAUUUUACCUGUCUCCAGAGUAUAUUUCUAAGUAUUAACGGUAAUAGGAAGUUUUUUUCUAUAAAAUAACAAACCAACAAAACGAGAAGAAUGUCUAGUUUAUUUAUAGGGAUAAUUUAAAUGUAUUAAAAAAAUAUAACUUGGUUAUCUUCUAUUCAGGUAAAAGAAUAUAGCUUUUGGUUUAGUGGUUGUCUUAAAUGUGGUCACAUGAAAAUCUUGCACAGAUAAUCAUUCCAGUUAUAUGUACUGUCUUUGUUCAGAGUUAGAAUGACAACAUUAAGUGUUGAACUGUUUUUAAAAAUGAGGUGUAUUAUUUCACUUGUGUAGGUAUUGAUACUUUUACUCUCCUGUGUACUAUUAACACUUAGUUUUUGUUAAAAUAUUAUAAAGGUUAGGAGCACCACUAAUAUUAAUGUAGAUGCUCAGCUCACUUCAUAUAAUAG